AGAUUCCAUUCACUUCUUAGGCAAUGUUCUGUAGUGAAUCAAGAUUUCUUGUUCGACUCACCAAAUUUAAUGCAAGGUAUUUUACUGAGAAGACUAUACAGGCUGUAUCGGAGUUUAUAGAAAUACGACACGAAGAUACCCUUUUUAGAAAAUCCACGCAAUCAAAAACAAAUAAACUUUUCUCCACUCGUGAAUUGACCGACAUCUCUCAGGCUGUUCAGUUUAUGAUGAAUAAGAUAAUACUUGACUCCUCAGAAACUGAUCAUCGAUUUAAAGUAAAAGAACUGCAGCUUAUUGGAAGCAUGUAUGAGGAGACCAAAAUUAGGAAGCAAGACGAAUUCGACUUUUUCGCCGUAUUUGCUUACAAUAUUUUACAAGAUAAACAUAUCCACUUAGAAUCAGGAUGUCGUCCAGGUUUUACUAAGAUUCGCAUAAACGGUAGCUCUCACGAAUUAUCUGACUUCUGCCAAGGACUGUACCUGUCCCCUCAUGUCUGUAUGAAAAAAUUUGAAAGCCUUCUUCCUUCACAAUUGGGAGAUCUUGAACCGGUAAAAACAACAUCCGGGACACUGCGUGGAUGGAAGAGGAGGAAGAGGACAUUUGAUUUGAUUUGGGAGAAUCGAGACUGUAGUAUGAUUAUAGCUGUGGAUGUCAUGCCAGCUUUCCUUGUUCACUACAAAAAUUUACCAAAAACUUUACGCGAAGACUGUACCGACAGCAGAAUGGACCAGUUAGGUGCUGACCACUCUAGUUUUUUGAUCCCGAGGUCUUGUGAACAUCAUAACGAAGGCAAAUGUUGGCACAACUCCUUCGCCCAUGCCGAAAGCACGUUGAUUAGAAACAUGGACAUUGAAAAAAAGAAAUGUCAUCGUGUGUUGAAACUAUUGUUCGUCAGCAGUGAUAGAUUUGGUAAUCCCAAUUUUUUGUCAUCCUAUUCGAUCAAAUCGACCAUCAUGUACAAAUCAAAGAGGGUCUAUGAGAAUGAAUUUCAAUUCUUGCUUUACGUUUUUAUCCACUUUGCAAAGUGUUUUGAUCAAACAUGUAUGCCUACUUAUUUUUUGACAAAGACCAAUAUUUGGAAAAACAUAAUUGAACAUAGAACGCACAACAUUUGGGGAUCGAAUUUUCUCUAUGAUUUUCGUUUGAGCCGGCAGAUUUUGCGGCACGUGAGUCAGUCUGAUUUAGAAGAACGAUUAGCUGCCUGGAAUGUAGCUAUUGUGUUUGAAUUUUGGCGUCGGAUGAUGAUUCUCCUAGUUGUGUUGUUCUCCAUGGCACAGUCUUCUAUGACAAUUGACUUCUUUCUCAGUGUAAUUUACCACUCGCAAACGAAGCAGGACCAGUUUUAUUUGGACUCUCUUAGAAACAAAAAAGUUAACUGGCUUUUGUCGGCCUCCCAGUAUGACGUGCUUACAAUACGGGCGAACCACAGAAAGAUGAUACGUACACUGGACAUCCCUGUGUUUACAGAAUUGACUAACGAGUUACAAAAAUAUAGAAUACUAGACGUAAAAGCUCUGAAUAGCUUAGUAACUGAAAAUAGAUACGACUUCAAGAUAGCACACACUCCCUCCGUUAGUCUUGAUGUACACAGGUACGGUAACAUAUAUUUGCCUUACAGAUCUUCAUGCAGAACAGAGGCCAUAUAUCGCCAUAAAUAAGUAACGGAGUAAUAACCAUGUGGAAACACGAAUCCAACUGUGUAUAUAUAUAAUAGAAUUGUCCUAAUGGAACCGACCCCCAAGAGGCAUACUUUAAAAAAGAACUCAAUACUCUAAUAAAAAUAUAUACUGCAAACUCCUGAGGCCUUAAUCGCAUUAAAAUAUUAAAGGUUGAAUUUUGUAACAGGUUGUUAAGUCGUUGUGUCGAAUUCAAAAGUCCAAGUGUGAAAAUGGGUCCGUUUUACAA